AUGAAAAACCGAAGUAUUCCAUGCUACUUUUCUCUCCUCAGCCUCUCCAACGACCCGCAGCUCCAGAUUUUCUUCUUUUUCUCUUUCUUCUUCAUUUAUCUACUAACCCUGGUGGGAAACACCAUGAUCAUUCUGGCUGUAAGAACCAGUCCUCAUCUUCAUAGCCCCAUGUAUUUCUUCUUGGGCCACCUCUCUUUCCUUGACAUGUGUUUUUCUUCUGCUACUGCCCCAAAACUGUUGGAGACCAUUGUCACAGAUCAGAAGACCAUCUCCUUCAUGGGCUGCUUCACUCAGGUGUUCUUUAUCUUGCUUUCAGCUACUAGUGAGGUCUUUCUCCUCUCAGCAAUGGCAUAUGACAGAUACUCUGCAAUAUGUAAACCCCUGCACUAUGUGGAAAUGGUGAACUUGCCUUUCUGCCAAAAACUAGUGGCCAGUGCAUGGGCUAUUGGUUUCUUUUAUGCACUUGCAAACACUUUGCUGCUAUUUAAGUUAAACUUUUGUGGACCAAACAUCAUAAAGCACUUCAGCUGUGAACUCCCUUCUCUCCUUUCUCUGUCCUGCAAUGAAAUAUUCAUGAACCAAAUGUUUUUCUUUAUUUCUGGAAGUGCAGUUGGCCUAAUUUCCCUGUUUCUCACUGUGCUAUCUUACAUUCAUAUAAUCUCAACCAUCCUGAAGAUGAGCUCCCCUGAAGGGAAACAUAAAGCUUUCUCCACUUGUGGCUCCCAUCUCUCUGUAGUAGUUCUCUUCUAUGGAACAGGCUACUUCCGCUAUCUGAGGCCAAACUCAACUUCAUCACUGCUUCUGGAUGAAAUCUUUUCCAUACAAUACAGCAUCCUCACACCUUUGCUAAAUCCUAUCAUCUACAGUUUACAGAACAAGGAGAUUAAAACAGCAUUUAGGAAGAUCCUGAAACUAAAAUUUUGA